AUGGCGGACUCGGACAACGACUCGGGCGGAGCGCACACAAAAUCAAACAGCGAGCUCUCACCUCGGGAACAGGACCGGCUGCUGCCGAUAGCGAACGUGAGCCGGAUCAUGAAGAAGGCGCUGCCGGCGAACGCGAAGAUCUCCAAGGACGCGAAGGAGACGGUGCAGGAGUGCGUGUCGGAGUUCAUAAGCUUCAUCACCGGCGAGGCCUCGGACAAGUGCCAGAGGGAGAAGCGGAAGACGAUCAACGGCGAUGAUUUGCUCUGGGCGAUGACGACGUUAGGGUUCGAGGAGUACGUGGAGCCUCUCAAGGUUUAUCUGCAGAGGUUCAGGGAGAUGGAGGGGGAGAAGAGCAGCGUGGCGGCGCGUGACAAGGACGCGAGUGGAGGUGGCGGGAAUGGUGGGGUUGGGUACGAGAGUGGUGGUGGGAGUGGAGGAGCAGGGGUAUAUUGGCAGCAGCAACAACAGCAGCAACAGCAGCAGCAGCAGCAUCAGCAUCAGGGACACGUGUACGGUGGGAGCGGGUUUCAUCAGAUGGGUGUGAGUGGAGUUGGGUUGGGGAAGGGUGGGCCCGGAUCUAACAUGGGCAGACCCAGAUAA